GGGACCAGUUGUGCGCAUCCGCUCUCUUCACCACUUCAUCCAAAAUGGCUUUGAAUUGAUUGACAGGACAUCACAAUCACUGCGAAGACAAUUGAUGGCCACAAAUGGCUGUCUUUCUCCUGAAUACGUGUAAAUUCAACUCUUGUGGCAUCACUUUCGCCACUCUUACUGAACUGAUCCGACACAUCGAAGACACACAUCUCGACUUUGAUCCGCGAGUGAUUGAAGAGCACGAAUCACAACAGCCCUCAUGUCUUCCAAUCAGUUAUAUCCUGAGAGUCUUUGCGGACAAAUGUCGAAAAGAGUCGGUGAAUGGGAGCCACAGUCAGCCCCGGAAAGGGAUCCGUUCGCACUCUCCGGCCCUCUCUCUGUCCAGCACUACACCGACCGGUAGUGAAAUGGACGAAGAAGACAACGGAACCGAUUCGGGUGAGAGUAGUAUUGAUUCGUGGGUUAAUAAUACUGUGGACAACGACUCGGCGAAUGUUAUACUCAAAAUAAUGAGUCCGACUUCGGGGCAGACAAACGGUAAUCAGUCUCAAGAAGAUAAGGACAGGCCUUAUGUGUGCUCUCACGCCAACUGCACCAAGAGAUACCGCAAUUCAAACGGAUUAAAGUCUCACACGAGGAAUAUUCACAGAACUAAUCCAAUUGCUCACAAACCCAAGGAUCACAUCAUCAGUCAAACGGCACCAAAAGAGUACAAAUGCGCCGAUUGUAGCAAAGUUUAUAAGACAUCCCACGGUUUGAAACAUCACCGAAACACUCAUCACUCAAACAUACAAACCGUUCCCAAAACCCAAACUCAGGCGCAGACACAGACUCUGAGCCAAUUGUCCGCUCACUUGUCACCGACAGUUCAAACACAGACCACUCAGACCUCGAGUUCAGUACAAACGACCGCCACUUUCAUCGGUAAGAGUGCUCUCAUUAGUGGCCAAUCGGCCAAAGAUAUGUUGGCCACUAUUGUCCGCUGCAGACCGGCCUCUGGUGUCCCGACCAGAGCCGACGCAAUGCCAGUAAUGCUUACAUUACAGCCCGAGAGUGACAGCAAAGUGUCGGAAAUCAAGUCGUCCUCAAAGGAUGACAAGAAGGCCGUCAACAACAACAACGAAAACGGUGUCAAAUGUCCGGCCAUUGCGGCGCCGACUCUUCAGCAACACUUACUCAGUCCUAUCGUCGGAAAGCCUGCGAUUAGUGUCACAAAAAUACUUUAAUUGUUUUUCGAGGAAUCAAAUGAAGCCAUCAAUACAUUAAUCAUUGAAUCUUAAUUGUAGUCAAAUCUAGUCGUUGAUUGAAACUCAUUACAAAUUACAUUUACCUCUUAAUUAUAGUCACUAUCAUAUAUAGUGUACAGUAUUAUAAUUUUGUUCAUUA